AUGCGCUGGCGAGACAGGAUCACGGUCCUCUUCUUCCCUCCAGGCGUCGUGCUGACGCUGGCGGCGCUGCUGCUCUUAGUCCUGCACGUGAGCAUCUUCGCCAAUGACGUGCACCACUUCUGCAUCACCCGGAACUUCAAUUUCAUGAGCUUCCAUAGCACCACCAUCCUCCUGUUUUCACAGGUGAUGAGCAUCUGGUGGGCCUCCCUGGGGUCACUCUUCGCAGAGCUGAUCGAGGACAAGAUUCUGAGAUGUUUUGCCCUGACCAUCCUGAUGCUCAACACGGCCAUGUUUAUCAACCGCCUGACCUUGGAAUUCCUCACCCUCAACUACCGGGAAGAGAGGCACUGAGAGGCUGGCGAGGGGCGAG